GGCUUCUCCCAAGCGCUUAGUACAGUACUCUGCACACAGUAAGCGCUCCACAGAUACGAUCGAAGGAAUGAACAUCCACGGAUACACAAUCACACGCAGUCUUUCUCCCUCUCACCGGCUCUCAGUGAUACACGUUAAGACUGACGCAGAACCACGUGCACACUCCAGACUUCGAACCCCCAUGGGGUAGGGUUGACCUGCCUCUGGUUACACACCGGCGAACGCUGGCGGGUGGGAAGAGGGGGGCUGAGUGAGUGGGAGGGGGCUGAAGGGAAGGCGCAGUGGCCACCACAGGUAUAAAUAAGAGGCUGAGAAGCAGCCAACCUCAGAAGCAGCAGCAGCAGGAGGAGGAGAAGUUGGAGUGGAGUCUCGUUCACGUCCCACGCCAGCGGCAGGCCCAGCCACUGCCAUCGCCAUGCCGGACGCCACCCUGCCCACCUGCUUCCUCUGCCUUCUGGCCCUCGCUUCAGCCUGCUACUUCCAGAACUGCCCCCGCGGGGGCAAGCGGACUCUGCCCGACUCCGAGCCCAGACAGUGCCUGCCCUGUGGCCCUGGGGGCAAAGGGCGCUGCUUCGGGCCCAACAUCUGCUGCGGCGAGGAGCUGGGCUGCUACGUGGGCACAGCCGAGGCCCUGCGCUGCCAGGAGGAGAACUACCUGCCCUCGCCGUGCCAGGCCGGACACAGGCCCUGUGGCCGUGACGGGGGCACCUGUGCCGCCCCAGGCAUCUGCUGCAGUGAUGAGAGCUGUGCGAUGGACCAGUCUUGCUGGGAAGAGGCCGGGGCUCGGCGGAGGACCAGGGGCAGCGAGAGAGUCAACGGGACGCAGCUGGACGGGCCGGCCAGCGCCUUCUUGCUGCGGUUGGUGCAGAUGGCUGGACAGCAGGCUGGGGGCGGGGAGCCCGGUUACUGAGCGGGGGGCGGCCCUGGGUGACACCCCCUCCACCUCUCCCCCUCCCUUUUCCCUUCUCUGGUCCCUACGAAUGUUUAGCGGCCAUUAA